AUGUGCCCGGAGAUCGAAGCGGUCGGCGAAGGUGAACAUACAAGCCAUAUCUCUCCUGAUCCACAAAUCGACGACGGUCAGGACUCCACGUACGGCGAAGAUGCCAUAACCGAAACGACGUCAAUUUCGUCGUGGAUACAUGAUUAUCGCGUUGAGAACGGCCGCACAUACCACGCCUACAAGGACGGCAAAUACUGGGGUUCAAAUGAUGAAGCUGCCAAUGAACACCUCGACAUAGGCCACCACCUGUACACCAAGACGUUCAACAGCAAACUCUUCCUCGCGCCCAUUGACCCCAAUCCUUCUCAGAUUCUCGACCUUGGCACUGGCACCGGUCUCUGGGCAAUCGAUGUUGCCGACGCGUACCCAUCCGCCAUCAUUACCGGCACCGACCUAUCGCCCAUCCAGCCGUCGUGGGUACCGCCGAACGUGCGCUUUGAGAUCGACGACAUGGAGGCCGAAUGGACGUACCCGCCAAACUCAUUCGACCUCAUCCACAUCCGAGGGCUACACGGCACCAUUAUCGACUGGCCAGCACUGUACGCACAGUGCAUGACGGCGCUCAAGCCGGGCGGCUGGCUCGAACAAGCCGAAUACUCUGCCCAGUUCAGCAGCGACGAUGACACGAUCCCGCCCAACGGCGGCAUCGAGGCCUGGAACCGUGUCGGACCGGAAUGUCACAAGGUCCUGGACCGCGAACUCCAGGUGCUCGACGGUAUGCGCUCACACAUGCUCGACGCGGGCUUCCAGUCCGUGGUCGAACACCGGUUCAAAUGGCCGAUUGGGCCGUGGCCCCGAAACCCCGAACUAAAAUCCCUGGGCGCCUGGACGCGCGCCCAUGUCGAGACGGGCCUCGAGAACUGGACCUUGCGCCUCCUUACCAGCGUCCUGGGCUGGACCGCCGAGGAGGUCAUGGUGCUUUGCGCAAAUGUCAGGAAAGAAAUAAGAAACCCUAAAGUCCACGCCAUCCACAGAAUGAAUGUGGUCUACGGGCAGAAACCAUCCGGGAACCCGCCGUGCCAGUCUUGA